AUGGUUCUGAUCCUGGAGAGAGGAGCGGCACCCAAGCUACCACAGCAGCUCGAGCUGCACCUGCUACGGCAGCUCCCAGGGGCGCGUCCUUUGGGGACCCUCCGAGCCCUGUCCUCCUUGUCCCCCCCCGCGCCUCCGCAGGCUACGCCACCUGCCACCCUGGCCCUGAUCUGCUUGGACGGCGUCUUCCUCUCCUCGGCCGAAAAUGACUUCGUCCGCGGGAUCCAGGAAGAACUGGCCCGCUUCGUGCUGCAGAAGCAGCUGUCGAAGGUCCUGCUCUUCCCUGCGCUCUCCAGCCGCCUCCGGUACCUGAUCCACAGAACGACAGAGAAUUUCGAUGUUUUGAGCAGCUUCUCUGUCGGCGAGGGCUGGAGAAGAAGGACCGUCAUCUGUCACUCGGACAUCAGAGUGCCUAGUGUGGAUGGCAGCUCGGGUCCUGGCCGUCCUCCUGCGCCCCAGCCUGGCAAACAAGAACAACAUGCGGAGACCUCCCCGCCCCAGCUCAAGGCAGAGACCCCAGCCCCUGGGGUCGCGGAGGAACCUGGGGAUGUUGGUGCCAGCCGCUCUGAUCAAGAACUUCCCGUGUUGGUGACUCAGGUGGCAGAGAGCCCAGGGGACCCAGACCAGAGCUGCGAGAAUGGGUCAUUGCUGGAUCCCGCUGGUCCUGAGCCACUUCGGCCUGCGAGUCCCUCGGGGAAGGGAGACAGGGUGGAGACGGCCACCCCGCAGCCAGGCCUGGAGGAGGAGGGGAAGGGAAGUCCUCCCGAGACGGGCCCGGUGGCAGAAGAGGAGGAAGAGGAAGAGGAGGAGCCUGCCAGCUGCUCUGAUGAUGAAGAUGAUUACAGCGAGCUGCUGCAGGAGAUAAAGGCCCAGCUGACGGAGAAAGACAUCCAGGUGGAGAGCGUCCACGUGGACACGUCCCCCUUUGCCCAGGAGCUGCCUGCAGAGCAGGACCUGGCCCACGUGGUGGAGAUCUACGACUUUGAACCUGUGCUCAAGACAGAGGACCUCCUGGCCACGUUUUCUGAGUUCCAGGAGAAGGGGUUCAAGAUUCAGUGGGUGGAUGACACUCAUGCACUUGGCAUCUUUCCCUGUGUGGCCUCAGCUGCUGAAGCCCUGAGCAGGGAGUUCUCAGUGCUGAAGAUCCGGCCUCUCACGCAGGGCAGCAAGCAGUCCAAGCUGAAAGCGCUGCAGAGGCCAAAGCUCCUGCAGCUGGCGAGAGAGCGGCCACAGACGGAUGCGGCUGUGGCCCGGAGGCUGGUGGCCCGCGCCCUAGGGCUCAGACACAGGAAGAAAGAGCGGCCUGCGGCCUGCCAUCCAGAAUCUGCUGCCACCCCGAAGAUUGUGCCCCAGGACUGAGCUGGGCCCAAAGCCAUGAGCCUUUUCCAGACACCAGGGCAAGCCCUGCACCAUCACUGGAUCCUCUGGGUACGUGGGCUUCCGUGUGGCCCAGCCCCAGCGCUUGAGCCAAAAUAAACGAUAUUCUGCUGUGA